UGUCAGAUCAGGCUGGUAGAAUAUGCGGCUUCACUGAUUCCAGAAUGACCAAAAGGAAGGAGGAGUCACACCCCAUGGUUUUAUGUGUAAAUGAUCUUGGCACAGAAGAGACUUACAGAAUGAUGGCUUCAUUCCAGCGCUCUAAUAGUCAUGAUAAAGUAAGGAGAAUAGUUGCAGAGGAGGGUCGGACAGCAAGAAAUCUGAUAGCUUGGAGUGUUCCGCUGGAAAGCAAAGAUGAUGAUGGAAAACCUAAAUGUCAAUCUGGUGGAAAAUCUAAGAGGACAAUUCAAAGCACUCAUAAAACUGCUAAGCAGAAUACUGCAGUAGACUGUAAAAUAACAUCUGUAGUUGGAGAUAAAAACUUUGAUAAAAGUCCCACUAAAACUAGACACCCUCGGAAAAUUGAUCUAAGAGCUCGAUAUUGGGCAUUUCUUUUUGACAAUCUUCGCCGGGCAGUGGAUGAAAUCUAUGAGACUUGUGAAUCAGAUCAGAGCGUGGUGGAAUGUAAGGAGGUGUUAAUGAUGCUGGAUAACUAUGUGAGAGAUUUCAAAGCAUUGAUUGACUGGAUUCAGCUUCAGGAGAAGCUAGAGAAGACAGAUGCUCAAAGCAGACCAACAUCACUUGCAUGGGAAGUAAAGAAGAUGUCUCCAGGACGUCAUGUGAUUCCAAGUCCAUCAACAGAUAGAAUAAAUGCAGCUUCAAAUGCUCGAAGAAGCUUAAAUUUCGGGGGUUCACCUGGCACAGUGGUUGCUCCAUGUCUGGCUCCUGCAGGUGUCAGCUGGGCUGACAAGGUGAAGGCUCAUCACACAGGCUCUGCCUCUUCAGACACAGCCCCUGCUCAGCUGUGCCCACCCAUGGCUGUGCAGAAGGUGUCUCGCAGAAAUGAACGGAAGGAUGCUGAAGGGUGGGAGACCGUGCAGAGAGGGAGGCCUGUCCGUUCUCGAUCAACAGGAGUGGUGCCAAAAGUGUCCUUAGUGCCAGAAGCCUUAAAGUUGAAGAAGGAUGACACCAAUAAGGAAAAUUUAUGUCGUUUACCUGAGGAAAGUAUACAGAAAGAUGACUUUUUUAGAGAUAGAUCUUCUAACAUUGUAGAACCUCGGCCCAGAGACUCAUUUCACUCUUCAGACCAUCCUCUUGCUGAGAGAACCCAGUUCACAGUGAAUACAUUGGAUGAUGUCAAGAAUUCUGGUAGUAGUCAAGAUUGUUCUGUGCAAACUUACGAAAUACCUGCUGUUCACAAUGAUGAAGAGUGUGUCUCAGUCACUCAGCAAGCUGACAUACCUCCCUUACGAACAAAUGAAGAAAACCUUCUGGCAGAGAAAGAAAGGAUAGAAAAUGAAAUGGAUCCUUCAGAUAUAUCAAAUGUGAGUGCUGCUCACUUGUCCAUGGCAGAAGUCCUUGCUAAAAAAGAAGAGCUAGCAGAUCGUCUAGAAAAGGCGAAUGAAGAGGCCAUUGCUAGUGCUAUUGCUGAAGAAGAACAGUUAACUAGAGAAAUAGAAGCUGAAGAAAACAAUGACAUUAACAUUGAAACUGAUAACGACAGUGAUUUUUCUGCCAGUAUGGGCAGUGGGAGUGUAUCUUUCUGUGGCAUGUCUAUGGACUGGAAUGAUGUUCUUGCAGAUUAUGAAGCUCGUGAAUCUUGGCGCCAAAAUACAUCCUGGGGGGACAUUGUAGAAGAGGAACCUGCUAGACCUCCAGGGCAUGCAAUUCACAUGCAUGAAAAACUUUCCUCACCAUCUCGUAAAAGAACAAUUGCAGAAUCUAAGAAGAAACAUGAAGAAAAACAAAUGAAAGCACAACAGUUAAGGGAAAAGCUACGUGAGCAGAAGACAUUAAAGCUGCAGAAACUUCUGGAAAGGGAGAAGGAUGUCCGGAAGUGGAAGGAAGAAUUACUAGAUCAACGGCGUAGGAUGAUGGAAGAGAAAUUACUUCAUGCUGAAUUUAAACGAGAGGUACAAUUACAAGCAAUUGUGAAAAAAGCACAAGAGGAAGAAGCUAAGGUAAAUGAAAUUGCCUUUAUAAAUACCCUGGAAGCCCAGAAUAAACGGCAUGAUGUUUUAUCAAAAUUGAAGGAAUAUGAGCAGAGACUUAAUGAAUUACAGGAAGAGCGGCAGAGGAGACAAGUAGAAAAGCAAGCACGUGAUGAAGCUGUGCAGGAACGCAAGAGAGCUCUAGAAGCAGAGCGGCAGGCCCGUGUAGAAGAAUUGUUGAUGAAGAGGAAAGAGCAAGAAGCCCGGAUUGAACAGCAGAGGCAAGAGAAGGAAAAAGCCCGUGAGGAUGCAGCUCGGGAAAGAGCUAGAGACAGGGAAGAACGAUUGGCAGCACUCACAGCCGCUCAGCAGGAAGCUAUGGAAGAGCUACAGAAAAAAAUUCAGCUCAAGCAUGAUGAAAGCAUUCGAAGGCACAUGGAACAGAUUGAACAAAGAAAAGAAAAAGCUGCUGAGUUAAGUAGUGGGCGACAUGCAAAUACUGAUUAUGCUCCCAAGCUGACCCCUUAUGAAAGAAAGAAGCAGUGUUCUCUCUGCAGUGUCCUGAUCUCUUCAGAGGUAUAUCUUUUUAGCCAUAUUAAGGGGAAAAAACAUCAGCAAUCAGUGAGAGAGAAUAGCAGCAUCCAAGGGCGUGAGCUUUCAGAUGAAGAAGUGGAGCAUCUUUCCUUGAAGAAAUAUAUUGUUGACAUUGUGGUUGAAAGUUCAGCUCCCUCGGAGCCUGUGAAAGAUGGAGAAGAGCGGCAAAAAAAUAAAAAAAAGGCCAAAAGGAUAAAAGCUCGGAUGAACUCCAGGGCCAAGGAAUAUGAGAGUUUAAUAGAAACAAAAAAUUGUGGCUCUGAUUCACCUUAUAAAGCAAAGCUUCAGCGAUUAGCCAAAGAUCUUCUGAAACAACUGCAAGUACAAGACAGUGGCUCAUGGUUAAACAACAAGGUUUCAGCUUUGGACCGGACCCUGGGUGAGAUUGCUAGAAUAUUGGAAAAAGAGAAUGUGGCAGAUCAGAUUGCAUUUCAAGUUGCUGGUGGAUUAACAGCCCUUGAACACAUCCUUCAAGUGGCAGUCCCAGCCACCAACGUGAACACAGUUUCACGAAUUCCUCCUAAGUCCCUCUGCAGUGCAAUCAGCGUUUACUACCUCACCUGCAACAACUGUUCAGAAAACUGCACUGAUGUUCUGUUUAGUAACAAGAUUACCUUCUUAAUGGACCUUCUGACAUACCAGUUGACGGUUUAUGUUCCAGAUGAAAAUAAUGCUAUUUUGGGAAGAAAUACAAAUAAACAAGUUUAUGAAGGCCUGACAACUGGACUUCUCAAAGUCAUUGCUGCGGUUUUUGGCUGCCUGAUUGCUAAUCGACCAGAUGGAAACAGCCGGCCAGCCACACCAAAAAUAUCAACACAGGAAAUGAAAAACAAACCCUCGCAAGGUGAUGCUUUUAACAGUCGAGUUCAGGACCUUAUCAGCUAUGUUGUGAGCAUGGGCCUAAUUGACAAACUGUGUGGCUGCUUCCUUUCGGUGCAAGGCCCAGUGGAUGAGAACCCCAAGAUGGCCACAUUUCUGCAGCAUGCUGCAGAACUCCUCCAUGGGAUGUGCACACUCUGCUUUGCUGUCACCAGAAGGUCGUAUAGUAUAUUUGACAGUAAUCGCCAGGACCCCACGGGGCUGACAGCUGCUCUUCAGACCACAGACCUGGCUGGAGUUCUCCACAUGCUCUACUGCAUCCUCUUCCAUGGCACCAUCUCGGACCCCAGCUCGGCCAGCCCUAAGGAGAGCUACGCUCAGAACACUGUCCAAGUCGCCAUUCAGAGUUUGCGUUUCUUCAACAGCUUUGCAGUGCUGGAUCUGCCGGCUUUUCAGUCUAUUGUAGGGGCAGAGGGCUUGUCCCUUGCAUUCCGGCACAUGGCCAGCUCCCUGCUGGGCCACUGCAGCCACGUCUCCUGUGAAAGCCUCCUUCAUGAGGUCAUCGUCUGUGUGGGCUACUUCACUGUCAACCACCCAGAUAACCAGUGCUCCUUGGGGAACAUGGCACCUUCAGGCUCCCAUCAGAGGCCCCCACCUGCCCACAGAGCCCAGUUCGUCUUUUAGGCACUGCUAGUGUGCCUUUCUGCUUGAGGAGAGGAACCUGGGCUCUGGAGCCAGGCAGACAGAAGUCCUAGGCCCAGCUGUACCAAGCACUGGCUCUAUGAGCCUGGAAAGCCACUGUCCUUCGUGGGGCCUAAUUCCUCAUCUGCGAAAUAGGAGUCAUGUUAAUAACACCUUGUGGGACUGCUGCACAGAGUAAGUUAAGUCCAUCGUCUAGGGAUUAGCACAUUCUCUAACCCUGGACAAAUGGCAGGUCACAGUGAUGUUGAAAUGAUCCUCAUCCCCUCCAGAUUCCCUGCUCUGAAUGAGAACAUCUGUGACACUUGAUACCACCUCAAAUGGGCUAUCACUGCUGGCAGAGCAGGUUCCCCCAUCUGCUGAAAAACUGGAAAGAGCUCUGCUGUUCCCUGCCCAAAGGGUUCCUCUGUGGAGCCAAAAGAUAUAGAAGCAAGGGGUGGGGGAGUGGGAGUUUCCCAUGCAUUGCUGGGUCUCCAAGCUGUCACUCAACAUACUACUAAGAUACAACCACCAGGGACCUUGAGAGGGUCACUGUGGCUCCCUUCCCAAGAGACAGUCCAGUUCUGCCAGCCACCCCGGCAGUAUUAAACACAUGCCAUCUGGAGGACAGUGAGGGGAAUCUCCACUCACCACCUGGUGCAGAGACAGGAGGCCUCACACCCAAAGAGUUCUCUUCUGCACAGGCAGUGGCCAGACUGAAGACACACCAGAGAUAGACAGAGAAACUGGAAAAUGGCUCGCAUGAAUCAAUGUGAACAUUUAAUGGGCCUUAAUUGGAACCUUAUCCUACUGUACUUAGAGCAGAGAGAUGAAAGCAGAAGAAAUCUGAGAGACCAUUUAUUUCACUUGAGAAAGCAGUAAACUGAAACUACAAAAAGAUUUGGCUACUAUUAUAUUUUUAUGAUUAAAUAAAAUUGUCAUAGACUAGUGCUGGUGAGCCCAUAAACGCUCUGUGGAAUGCAUCCCUGCUCUCUGGCAGCUGCUUAGCUAACGCCAGAAAACCUAUCAGCCUCUGCUCUGCAUUUCUGAGCCUGCAGUUCUCACACCACCCAGGAGCUCCACAGCGAGGAGAGUUUGUUACAGUUCUCCUACAGGCAAGGUCCAGGAGCCAGCUAGAAUAUUUGUGUUUCGGGGCAGUUAAAUACUGUCUGUUCAUUUAUCCCCACGUCCCUGCCACCUCCUCCAUAUGUUCUGCUAGCCUGUAAAGGACCCAGUCUUUCUAGUA